AUGAAGUUUCUCACAAGUAUCGCCAGCCUAUCCAUGGCUGCUGCCCUGGCAAUCGCCAGCCCCAUCGCCAAAGCCAGCGACAACCUCUACGCCCUGCGUGUAUCCUCAAAAGACGCCCAGCUCGACGGCAAGUACCUCUCCGUCUUUGACAACGUCGUCGGCAUCUUCCCCGGCCGGCAGACGCUCUUCGUCACGGCCAGCGAGAGCAGCAAGAAGGGCUGCGUCGAGCUGCACCUGCACCCGACGGGCAUCAUCGACCACGCCCUGGGCCUCGUCGGCGAGGGCGUCAAGGAGCUGCACGACAUCGCCAACCCGGCCUCGAGCCCCGGCGCCGACUGGACCUCGUUCGCCAUGAACAGCGCCGGCGACCCGGGCGAGCCCAACCUUGGCAGCCUGUCCUACACCGCUAAGGGCGGUCGCUGGGUCGUCUUCCCGGCCAAGGCGGGCGGCGAGUGGAAGGUCACCUGGCUGGAUGGCUCCAGCAUCACGACCCAGAACUACAUGCCCAUCGACCUGGUAUACGAGGGUGCCAUGACCAUCAGCCAAUGA